CCCUGUCUCGCCAACAAGUCCUCUCUUCUCCCACUCGAACUGCAGCCAGACCGCAGCCUCCUCCACAGAAGAAGCGAGCAAGCCAAGAUGGAGGCGCUGAAGAAGAAGGCCAAGGACAUGGUCACCACGCCCGAGGGUGCUCUGGGAGCCGCGGCGGUGGUCGCCGGCGCAGUGGGUGCCUACUUCUUCUGGCCUGUCGGCGCCAUGAUGAAGGCCCCAGGCGCCGCAGGGUUCGUCAUCUCACGCGCCGCCUUCCUUGCCAACCCGGAGCUCUACUUCCAUCUCCUGCGCACUAAGGGAGUCCAGGCAGCGGUCGCCGCCUUCCUUUAGUAAGGAAGCACAGCACAUGCAUGCAUGCAAGUCCCUUAAAGUUUAUCUAUGCACCGAAGUUACUAGUGUUUGUCUUCGUCUCCUGAAAAUGCUCCGUGUGUUGAGCUAUCUUAGUAUCUAUUACUGGUGUACUAGAUCUGUUGAGUGUUAAUCUGCCGCUAGGUAGUGGCUUCUGUCGACCUACUGAAGUUCAAUGUUGUCCUCUAAGAUGUUGUGUGUGUCAA